UUCUCGCAUCCAAUAUCAUCUGCAACAAUUGUCAGAGAUGCUUUAACAAAAUUUUCUGAUCAACUUUCUACAAAAGAUGAACAGGUGAUUGAAACAUUUAAUUUUUUUAAGGUCUCAUUAGGUACAUGACACAAUUAGUGGCAUAAUUUUUAUUUUUUUUUUUUUUUGGAGUGGGGGGGGGAUAGACUACCUUUUUACUACCUACGCCAGUGAUGGGGAGACAUGGGUUGUUUUAUUUUUUUUUUUUUUUUUUUUUUUUUUUUUUUUUUUUUUUUAUUUUUUGUUUUAUUUUUUUUUUUUUUUUUUUUUGGAGUGGGGGGGGGGAUAGACUACCUUUUUACUACCUACGCCAGUGAUGGGGAGACAUGGUCAUUAUUUGCAUAUAAGAUGUUCACAUUUUCAGUUAGAACUGGGCCCUGCAGUUUAUAUAACUGCACUGAUGAUUCUUCCUAUAAGUUUUAAAUUUCAAGUUUAGCUGUCUUAGUUCUCAGGGACAUGGACACGAUCGCCAAUUUGAUCCAUUCGAUUCAAACGGGCAGUUGUGUCGGAUAAUAUUGCAGCGAGAGAUUCAUCCUCUUCAGAAAAGUAUUUAAGGUCUAUCAUCUACUCCCAUUGAUUUUUUAUGCAUAUUUGCAGGCCAGCAGUGAAAUUAGAGAAUCUAAUUGCUCUUAAAACCCAAGUUUUUCGUUUUUUUGUUCCUUUUCUUUCCAUUCUUUUGUUACCACCUUAGCAUCAUUUUUUAUUGGUUUGUAUUGUGCCUAACUACCUAACAACACAAAACAAUAAAUAAUAAAAAAUACUAUGAUGAAAAAGUUUCCUAGAAUUCAUUAUAUUUUUAAAAAAACUUUAAUUGAAUAAGUAAAAUGUGCACAUAUUUAUGCAAAGUUAAAAUCAUAUAGUUUGUGUUCAUAAAAUAUAGAGUAAUCUUCAUUUUUCGUCAGUCCCUUCCAGGGGCCAUCUGUGUUGAUUGGCUGCCUCUCACACCUAACCAACACGAGUCCCCAGUAAGUAAACUGCCAAGUUAUUAUUUUUUUUCGUUGAUCAUUUUACUUUCUGUGCAAUUUUAGCGUUAAUAUUCCUAAAAAACCAAAACAACUUAAAAAAUGUAAAAAAUUAUUUUUUAUUAACAAUUGUUACUAAUGUUUGUUUUAUAUUAUAAAAUAUUUAGAAGCAUCCUAUGUCUUAAGCUAUAAAACAAAGAAGUGUUGUGACAAGGCACACAGCUUGUAUUCUUGUUUGUAAUAGAUUCAUAACGGGAGGACUAAACCACAACACGUUCUCUGAACAAAAUAAAUGGUCCUUUCUAUCAGUAAGAACAUUAUACUGCAAAGCAUUGGUUUAAUCAGUAUGGGUUAUCUAAAUGAAACUUAAUCAUAAAGAAGUUAUUGAGGCAAGGGGAAAGGGAAAAAAUAGUCUCGAUGUUAAUUUUAUGGAUAAUUAAUUGAUAGUCCAUAUAUUUAAAAAGAUAACUCUGAUGUUGUCCUUUGGGUUUAUAUUGUCUUCUUUCUAAAAAAGAUUAUUGCAUGGUUGUAUGGCGCGUUUGACAACCUAACUGAUCAACGUGAAAAGAACGCCGUUGAUAAUGUUAUAAAAUCUAUAACCAAAGCACUUUUUGAAAAAGGUAAGACAUUCUCUUCUUGUUUUUCUUUUCUCUUUUUCUUGAUAUUACUGCAUCCGCUAAAAGUUAUAGUACUGAAACUCCCGCAAAUUGAAAGCGUGCAUUUGUUUGCCAAAGUGGCAGACAUAGGUUUAGCUUUUACGUGUUUCCAGUAGUGGGACCGAUGAGAUGAUGAGUCGUUUUUCUGGUGUGGAUGAGUCUCUACACAGACGAAAUCAGGGCUACCAAAAGUAUAUGUGGGGUGAGUCCCGUAGGCGGUAUGGCAAUGAAUUUGUCUUAUUGUGACGGUAUAUGUCAAUCUUAAACCGAUGGAUAGAUAUAUAUAUACGUCGGUUUAAGAUUGAUCAUAAAUAUUUUAAUCAUCAGAUUGUUUUCAGGGACUGCUAUGUCUGCGGGUGAGCAGGCUGCUACUGGGGUCGAUUCUGACUCGUAAUAUAAUCUUCCAGAAGGUGAAAAGAUGGGUGGAACAUCUUCGGAUAGAGAAUUAGCUCGCAUAUUUCCAAAUUUACUUUUGUGCUCUUUGGUGUUUGUUCUGCUUGCCUCAUGUUGCAUAGACGUAGUGUGUAGGGACGAGCGCCACGAGACACCUUCUCUUGAGAACUGUUGUCUGAGGUUUAUGAUUGGACCAUAUCCAAAACACACAAAGCGGCUCUGCCUAUCUGCAUAAAUACAAUGACAGGCCAUUUACUAAGUCACAGAAGAAACGUUUUCAAGACACUCUGAAAGCCUCGCCUAAAGCGUUUCUCGUUUUUAAAUGUACAUAUAAUUUUUAUAAUCACUAUUGUUUUAUCAACAAAAAAAAAAAAAAAAAAAAAAAAAAAAAAAAAAAAAAAAAAAAAAAAAAAAAAAAAAAAAAAAAAAAUACACACAAAAAAACAAACAACGAAUAUUAAAGAAACAAUCUUCCAGUUCAAAAAAAGAGGAAACACAAUUUUACAAUUACAUGACUAUAGUCUAAAACAACUGACACUUUAUGAGAUGAAAAGUAUUUAUUUGAAAUCAUUCGUAUAUUUAAUUUUGUUUGUCCUAAAUUUAUGUUUUAGAUCUAUUGGCUUUAGUACAAGUAGAUCAUGGAACGGAUGAUGAAUUGUUCAACAUAGUUCGUAAUGCAGCUGAAGACCAUAAACUCACCAAAAGGAAAUCACAAGAAAUUGAAGUUUUUCGCCUGGUUAUAAAUACUCCUAUGCCUGAUACAAGUGAAAAGACGCAAAGGCAUUUUACAGGUGACACUUUUCAUGGGCCGUUUCUAAAUGGAACAACACAAACGCCGUUCCGAUUCCCCCAGGAUUACUUAAAGGAUACUCUAAUUUUGGAUGGUGCAAAUCUAAACAAACAAGGUGAUUACAGUUACUUCUUCAUUUUUUACAAAUGUUUCAUUAAUUUUUAAUGGCGGUUUUUUUGUUUUUGUUUUUUUUUUGCCAUUCAGCGAUACUUUAAUUCAUCGUCAUCAUUUAGAUCGAUCCAGUGGCCAUUUGGCUAUGUGUCCAUCGCUGCGUUCUUGGUGAAGAAUUUACACCUUAUCCGUAGCUGAACUUUUUUCGCAUAUAGGCUGUAUUCUGGGGCAUUUUGUUAGCUAGUUUAUGCUUAAGGUCGGAGGAGCAGUGCAGCUAGAAGUAAUGAUGAUUUGCGGCCUCAUUGGAAUAUCUACAGAGGUUGGGAGGGGGUAAAAAUGGUGUUUCAUCUUGUUUUAUUUGGUUUAAAGUUAGCAAUCACACUUCAAAAAAAAAAUUGAAGCGUACAAUCUUGUGCAUGUGAUAUUAUUUUUCUAGAUGGAAUUUAAAGCAAUGAUCGUCAAAUGUUUUACCCCCAACGGCACACCAAGAUACGCACCAAAUUUUGGCCCAACAACAAAAUGAAAACAUCUACAAAUUACAAAAGUUUUUUUUUUUGUUGACGUGUAUAAAUAUUUCACAUAACUUGAGCAAGUAACAAUCACUUUUACACUAAGUGAUAACUUAACAAUAUAUAGAUUUACAGUGCUAGAGCAGUAGUUUUAAAAAAACAAAUUACCAAUAUAUUCUUCUUUGCCCGUGUUUUUAUUUGGUAAAAAUCGUAUAACGUCCUUGUUACGCUAAUCUAUUCUAAUCUAAUGCUCACAACCACAAAAAUAAACUUUCGGGAAACUUGAUGACAAGCUCGUAACACCAUUUCAGAAACUUGAAGUGACGAUUUCACUGUUGCUUUUGGUUUAGUUAUUUUUUUUUACUUAAGUUUCAUUGAAAAUAUUACCUCUCCUUUUUGGUAUAUUAUGUCAUUUAUAUAUUAUAUAUAUAGGGGCCUAUAUAUAUAUAUAUAUAUAUAUAUAUAUAUAUAUAUAUUUUUUAUAUAUAUAUAUAUUUUAUAUAUAUUUAUAUAUAUAUAUAUAUAUAUAUAUAUAUAUCUUAUAUAUAUAUAUAUUUUAUAUAUAUAUAUAUAUAUAUAUAUAUAUAUAUAUAUAUACAAUUCCUUAAAUCAAUAAUUUUUAAUGAACAAAAAACAAGUAUUUUAUAUAUAUAUUUUUAUAAAUAAUAUUUUUUAAUAAUUACUUUAUUGCUUUCGAUACCUUCGUUAAAUGGUAAUUUCCUAUGUAUCUGAACAUUUCUGAUUCAUUUAACAUUGAUUCAUUCCUAGUCUCUCAUAUCGACAAAGGGCAAAUGAAGUAUUUUAUUGCUUUGAGCUUAAACCAUACAGUUGUUGAAGAGCAAGUAUUUCUUGAAAAGAUUGACAGCGACUUCACAGUACUGCACGUCAAGGUUAGAAGAUUAUUUUUUAACACCCAAACUACACGUGUGUUAUGUUUAGUUCCAAUUAGUCUAAUAUUGUCAUUAAAGAUACUGUUAAAUAUUUAAGAAAAUUAUUCUUGUUUAGUUGACGGUCAUUAAAAUAACAACCUUUGAUUAAACUUCAACAUUUUUUAUUGUUUUUUUGUUUGUGUUUUUUUUCAAAUUCCAGAUAUCAAAACCAGUUGAUACAAAAUCAGAUACAGACAAAUCAAAUUCAACUAACACAUUCAAGUGAGACAUUUAUAUUUACUAUAAUGUAUUAUAAUAUAUACGAUUCUUUUAUUGAUUUAAAAAAAAAAAUGGAAAUACUUUGUCAAAAUUAAAUUUCUUUUUUUUUUUUUUUUUUUUUUUAAAAAAAAAAUGGAAAAAAUUUUUCAAAAUUAAAUUUUUUUUUUUUUUUUUUUUUUUCAUUCCACUUGACAUGGAUUAUAAAGUCACCUAGAUACAUAUUCUUACAGAGACAAACCGUUUAAAACUAGAACGUUUCCGACAAAUUUUUUAAAAACAUGACACCAAGUAACGCAGUUAGGCUUUCUUUUUGUUUCGGUCAGCUAAAAGGUAUUCGGUCAGCUGAAAGGCAUUCGAGGCAACUGAAAAGUAUUUUGUCAACUGAAAGGUAUUUAGUCAAAUUAGAGGUAUUUGCUCAGCUGAAAGCUAUUCGGUUAGCUGAAAGAGAUUUGGUCAGCUGAAAGGUGUACGGUCUAUUGAAAGUUAUUCAGUUAGCUGAAAGGGAAGUGUAUUUAAAAAAAAAUUAAAAUUACUCUUUUUGGGAGUCCACACAUUCUUUGGAAUUUAGUACAGCAUUGCAAAAAAAAUAAAUAAAAUAAAUGAUAAUAAAUAAAUUACCUCAUUCUGGCUCAAACACUUUCCAAUUUGCAUCCGGUACAAAAAUUCAUAAACUCGGAGUACUGCUGCUUAAGAAUUUCUUUUAAGACAUUGUAGAGUCUAAUGUAGCAAAUGCUGGAUAACACCAGCUUACUCUCAUUUAAUAUCAGAACACUUUUAGAAACGUGAAAUUUAUUAACAAAGACAUUGACAUUAUUGUGCCACUUGUGGGACUUAUAACUAAAUCUCAAAAAAAAAAAUGUUCAUGUGCCUCAUUCACGAGAGUUCCUGCCUUCAGAACCACUUACUCAAAUAAAAAAAAUAAAAAUAAUGGAGAUGUAUGCAUACUUUUUUUCCGAAGACCCAGAAUGAACAGCUUCACAAAACCAUUGUAACUGUUUUAGGGUGCACUAGUUUCACAACUAUUAUAUUAUAUAUAUAUAUAUAUAUAUAUAUAUAUAUAUAUAUAUAUAACAUACUGAAGUGUAUAUAUUUUGAUAUUUUUUUACAUAAAGAUAUUUCUCUUAUAUGUCUUUAUAUUUAUUAUUAUAUCUAUUUUUUAGUGUGCACUAUUGUCACAAAUAUUAUAUUAUAUAUAUAUAUAUAUAUAUAUAUAUAUAUAUAUAUAUAACAUACUGAAGUGUAUACAUUUUGACAUUUUUUGACAUAAAGGUAUUCCUCUUAAAUGUCUUUAGAUUUACCAUUACAUCUAUGGAACGAAAUCAGAGUCAUGUGCCAACAGAAGUGGAACCACGGUAAACAGUAAUACAUGUUUUUAGCUUAUUCAUAUGGAAAUAAGAUAUUUGUCUUUUUCUUUUUUAACUCGUAUAAUAAAUAUUUAAAUAGAUAUAUUUAUCUUUCAUUUUAAGUCAGCCUAGAUGCUAAAUGAUAUUAGUUUAUGGUAAUUUUUUUUUUAAUAUAGAUUUAAUAAUAGCAUCUAAUCAUUUGCAAAACUUAUAUUUGUUUUAAUUAUUUGUUUUUUUAUUAAAACAUUUUGUUUGUAGAGACUUAACAUCAAGCGAAGUCUUUGCUCAAAUUACAAGAACCGUAUUUGAUUCACUGAUGCGGCGUUCGAAAGGUACACAAUCUAUUCCCAAAUGUUUAGAGUUAUCUAGUGUCAACAUAGGAAAUAACGCAAGCAUGUCAUUUCAAAAAUAUAUAUUGCUUAGUAAUCUGAUUAUUAUGAUUAAAAGGAAUCUUUCAAGUUAUGUUGCUUUUCAUAAGUGUUGGUAGCGAAUAUAAAAAAAUAGAAAUACGAAAUAAAACUACAUAAAACGGUGUAAAAGGUUUAUUUUACAAGAAUUUAAUAUACAUAUAUUAAUUGAAUCUUUAUAAUGGUUUUUUAAAUUUAAUAAUUUUUGUUUUCCAAAAAAAUUUUCAAUUUCCUUUGUAUAAUUUUUUAUUUAUCGUGCUUCAAAUGCAUCCAUUUUCAAGGUAUUAGGAUUUCAAAAUCUAGAUAUAUACUUCAUAUUCACAUAAGGCAAAUAUAUUUAAUUUUAUUUUGCUCAUAUUUUAUCCAUCAGCAUGUGAAAAUGAGGAUAACAGAAAACUAAGAAUGGAGGCUCUAUCAUUGUCUUUACGUUGGAACCUUGACAUAAAUUACGAAGACGAAGAUUAUCAAACAGACCCUGACGUUGGUUGAACAUUGGUUAUUGUUAUCUUGCUAAUUUUAAUUUUAGUUUUGUGAUAUAAAAUUUGCUGAACUUUAUUAUUCUGUUUUUCUAAACAUUAAAAACAAAAUGUUAUACAGAAUGCGCCAAAAUUACCUCCAGCAUAUUGAACCAGCAUACAGUUUAGCUAACGGUCAAUAGCUCCAAACGCUAAAGUAUUCCAUGUAGUUACAAAUGGUUGGACGGCGAUGAGGCUUAUGAGUAGAUACAUGAGACACAAAAAAUAAGUAAAACAGUAUAUUUUAAAUACCAUAGGACAAAACACAAAUUCAGACGUUUCUACAACCAGCGUCAUCAGUACAACACAAAUAUUUAAAAUAAAGCAAAUUUAACAUAACAUACUUUUAUCCUACCUAAUAAUAGUUUUGCAUUUAAAAAAAAAUGGCUGAAAGAAAACGAAUGAGCACAUUCAUAUUUUUUUGCUGUCAUUAAAAAUUAAUUGUCAUACGAAAAGUUUUCGUAUGAUAUUUGAGGCCUAUCAACACAGCCUUAUUUUUACAAGUUAACCGUGUUUCAAUUACUCUUCUGGUAGUUGCAAUGUUGGGUGUGUUUGGGCAGUUGUUCUUGAAGAUAUGUUUCUCGGUAGGCUGGAAAUUGUGCAUGGUUUUAUAUUAAUCUCACUCAUAAGGAAAUUGUUAUUAAUGGGGACCGAACUAAAAAAAAAAAUUGUGAACAAUAUUAUUAAGAGUCAUUUUAGUUAGACAUUAAGUUAGCAGGGCUGUAAUGUUAAUAUCAAACAAAAAUCCCCCGUUCUUGAGAGCUCCUAUGUAUUUGGAAAAGUGACUCGUAUCCAAGAGUACGUAUAUAAAUGUGUUCUUUCUGAUACUUGAGCUCCUGUAAAUAUCUGAACCCGCAUAAAGAUUUGGAAACAAUGAUCGUGUUUUUAUAAAGUGUGCCCCGUAGUAAAAUAAAUGUAACAUUUAUAUUCAGUUUCAAGGAUAGUUGUUGAAGACUUUGUAGGUCCACUACAGCAUCUCCUAGAUAAGAAAUAGAUGAUUGUCUGUAACACUCUAACUCUCCAACCAAACUUCCCCUUCCGCUUAGCAUAUUACACUUGCAGAACGGCGAAAAUUUGAAAUAAGAGACAUACAAAAUAUGUUAUUUAGUGCAGACUAAAUAAAUAUCGUUUGUAAAAGUGCUGACAACCUUUUAAAAUUUUGCCUCCAUUUACGACAAAUUACAAACGACAAAAAAAAAUAGUAAUAAUGCUUAACAAUAAAUGCGCUUUGUCCUCUGUUGGGAGACCAAUUUCCAAUAAUAAUUUCCCAUUAUUUCUUCUUUUCUGAAAAUAGAACUACAUUGCACUCAGAGUUAUGCUAAGUUACAAAACAAAAUAAUCCUGGAGUUUGUGGUAUUUUGGCACAUGGUGAACUUUCAUGAGAGAGUGAACAUUACCAUUAUUUCAAUUUUAUUUUUUAACUAUUCACGUUCACAGUUGUUGAGCUACAUUUUCCGACAAGCAGUUAGAUUUGACAGAGUUAAAGUUGUGGAAAGCAUCAUGAAGUCUGGUGAUUUUCAAGUAAAUGAAUGCAUCGACUUUAAGGAAUUACCUAAACAAAAGGUCCACCAAUAUAGGCUAUUCAUUAUUUAUAUAAUGAAAAUAUAAUUUAGUGUUUUAGUUCAAAAAGCUAUACAAAUUUCAAUUUUUUUAAUAACUUAUAAGAACCUAUAUGCUAAACCUAAUUUUAUAUGAUCUGUUGUUUUUUUAUCUUUUCUUUUCGUAUUGUAUCAUUUUAUAGACACUCUUCAUGCGAUAUAAUUUUUGGUACACGUAUGAUUACAUUAAGUGGGAAAAAACCGCUUUCUGGCCUGACACAUAUUCUAGAAGGAAUUUAACUGUUGUUAUUAAAUAAUAACAAAUUUAAGUUGUGAUAAACUUGUAUGUGCAUCAACGUUACAUCAUUUUACUGAUGAAAAAAUUGUUUACUUAUCUAGAGAUCAUCUGAUUCUGAUCUUAAUCGAAUUAACAAAAAAAAAAAAAAAAAAAAAAAAAAAAAAAAAAAAAAAAAAAAAAAAAAAAAAAAAAAAAAAAAAAAAAAAAAUUUUUUUUUUUUUUUUUUUUUUUUUUUUUUUUUUUUUUUUUUUUUUUUUUAAAAAAAACAACUUUGAAAAUUGUGAUUAAACGAACACAUAGCCACAAAACAUGCCUGAUUUUGAAACAUUAAUCCAUAAUAUAGAAGACACAUCAUAGAUCUAUGGGAAUAAAUCAGAAAGGUAUCCUCAUUAUUAUAAACAACAAGUAGAACUAACGACAUGGUAGUUUGAUUGAAAGAAGCAAUGGCAAGGAAGAAAUGUUAAAUGUUUAUAUGUUGACUAUUUCUCAGUCGCAACAUCUCUAUGAGCAAAUUUCCUUUUGAGAAAAAAGUCUACUCAAACAAACAUCUCCUCUAACAAACGUCUCCUCAAACAAAAUAAAUUCUAUUUCAACAAACUUUUGUCAAACACUUUUCAAUCAAUCAAAUUUUAAGUUGUACACAUUUCCAGAUUCUGAUUAAUAUGUGUAGACAAAUAAAUAAGUGCAUGUUUUAUAUAUUUCAGCCCAAUUUUAUUCUGAAAAAGAUUUCAAAGCAGGUGAUCAAAAGAAAAUAUUUUAAACCCUUUGUUAAAAGAGUUAAUACAUUGUUAGAUAAAAGUGAGUAUACAUCUUUUAGAUGUAUUAUGAUAAAGAGAUAUUUAGUAUAGCAUAAACUUUAACAAUUUAUCUUUUGAAAAAAAAACAGUAUGUUAUCUUAAAGCUAAAUUGUAUAGUAUUUCAUCUAGAAAAAGGCUUACAAAAUGCAUGUAUACACCUCAGUGUUCUGCCGAAAUGAAAUGUGUGGCCAAAGUUCAAUGUACUUGAAAUUAUCCGUUAAUAUGUUAAUUGUACGGCUAUUUCGCGAAAUGGCUGGAAAUAACUGGAAACAAUUUGUUAUGCUUUUGAAAGACUAUCUGGAGUUUGUUCAAGCUAGGAAUAAUGCAUGGUGCUCUCAAACAAUGGCUGUUUUAUUGUGAAUAUUCAAGUCUGUCCAUAAAACUUUAAAUCCUUAAUUAUGUGAGCACAGAUAAAAUUACCAUGAACCUGUCACAAUUGCCUGAAGACAUUUUGCAAACUGAUCCGACGACCGUUAAAUGCAUUUCCUUAUUAUCAUACAAAAAGAAGCACUAAUAAAAUAUUUACGCUUUUUAAAAAUAUUAAUGAAACCAUUGAAAUAACAAAUUAUUUUAUUUUAAUAUUGAUUUUUUUAAAGCUCUUCUUAUAUUUCAAUACUCAAUAGUCAAUGCAUUUUAAAGUCAAUUCCAAUACAAGUUAAAAUAUUUAAAUGCCCUCUUUUUUAUAUUUCUUUUAAAGAAAAUGAUGUUUCUAAAAAUCAAAAUCAAAGGAAAGACAAUAAUAAAGGUGAGUCGAAAUAUUUCUGAAAUAAAAAUCAUCUAAUGAUACUCUUUGAGAAAGGUGCAGCCUAUCUAGUAGGGAGAGUAACUGGAGAGAGAAACUAUGACAUGUUCAUACAGUUGCUAAUAUGUGAUUCUAAAAAUAUUUUUAUCACACUUUUUGGAAAUAAAUUUAUUUAUUGAAAUAUCAUUUUCAAAAUAUUAAUGUAUUAUUUCAUUUAUACACAGAUGGGGUCGACGAAGAAUCCAUCUCAACAAUACAAGGACUAUUUCUUUAUGCGCUGACAUCAAACAAAUUCGAAAUGUCGAAAAUAUUUUUUGCCGAAAUCGAGGUAAGAUAUUUUAUUUAAUUUUUUAUUUCUUUUUUUUUUUGUUUUGUUAAUCCAGCAAAAGUUUUUUUUUCGUUUGGACUGCAUUUUAACUUUAAAAUUGUAUAGACUGAUAUUAUAAUAAGGUGCAAAUCCGGAUAGAAUGAUGUGUAUACACAGUACGAACAAUAUGUGGAAAGUCUUAUAGAGACUGAGCCAUUAUGUGGAAAGUCUUAUAGAGACUGAGUCAUUAUGUGGAAAGUCUUAUAGAGACUGAGCCAUUAUGUGGAAAGUCUUAUAGAGACUGAGCCAUUAUGUGGAAAGUCUUAUAGAGACUGAGCCAUUAUGUGGAAAGUCUUAUAGAAACUGAGUCAUUAUGUGGAAAGUCUUAUAGAGACUGAGCCAUUAUGUGGAAAGUCUUAUAGAGACUGAGCCAUUAUGUGGAAAGUCUUAUAGAGACUGAGCCAUUAUGUGGAAAGUCUUAUAGAGACUGAGUCAUUAUGUGGAAAGUCUUAUAGAGACUGAGCCAAUAUGUGGAAAGUCUUAUAGAGACUGAGUCAUUAUGUGGAAAGUCUUAUAGAGACUGAGCCAUUAUGUGGAAAGUCUUAUAGAGACUGAGUCAUUAUGUGGAAAGUCUUAUAGAGACUGAGCCAUUAUGUGGAAAGUCUUAUAGAGACUGAGCCAUUAUGUGGAAAGUCUUAUAGAGACUGAGCCAUUAUGUGGAAAGUCUUAUAGAGACUGAGUCAUUAUGUGGAAAGUCUUAUAGAGACUGAGCCAAUAUGUGGAAAGUCUUAUAGAGACUGAGUCAUUAUGUGGAAAGUCUUAUAGAGACUGAGCCAUUAUGUGGAAAGUCUUAUAGAGACUGAGCCAUUAUGUGGAAAGUCUUAUAGAGACUGAGCCAAUAUGUGGAAAGUCUUAUAGAGACUGAGCCAUUAUGUGGAAAGUCUUAUAGAGACUGAGCCAUUAUGUGGAAAGUCUUAUAGAGACUGAGCCAUUAUGUGGAAAGUCUUAUAGAGACUGAGCCAUUAUGUGGAAAGUCUUAUAGAGACUGAGCCAUUAUGUGGAAAGUCUUAUAGAGACUGAGCCAUUAUGUGGAAAGUCUUAUAGAGACUGAGCCAUUAUGUGGAAAGUCUUAUAGAGACUGAGCCAUGGAUGUUAUAAGAAAGAAGCGGAAAGUUUGAAAUAUAAAAAGAAGAAUAAACCGCAUUUUUCCUUAACGCCUUCUUCAGGCUACACACAAAAUUUAAUGAUUACUAAUUAAUGAAAAGAAAAAGAAGAGCGCUUAAAGAUAAGUAGAUCCCAAAAGGAAAAAAAAAUAUCCAAAAGUACACAAUAUGCCAGAAGUAUUUGAAGAGAAAUGAGUUUACAUCGAAGUGUCUCUUGUCAGUUUUAAAAUCAAACUAAUUAAUGUAAUGGAUCAAUUCCUUAGCGCGAUAUCUUACCCAAACUAUGGCUAUCUAGAGUUAUUUGUACCCAUGAUGUUGUGGAGUGCCCCCCGAUGCUGGGAAAGGGAAGCUCAAUUUGUCCACCAUUUAUCCACAACACUUAAGCAGCCUGGUGUCAAGUGCCACCCAUAUCUGUUUGAAACUUUGAAGUUAAAAUGGCGUUAUGAGAUCAGGCUGUAAUUAAUAAUCUUUUUAAGGGUAGUCUAAGAUCUCCAGCCACAUAUCCAGGACGUUGGACUCGUAAGCGAUAGAUGUAGGCGAUUAAGGCCUGGACAGUGAAAACUCAGUUUAUUGUUUGUACGCUUAAAGCAUUUUUGCAGCAAGAAAUAAUUCGUACGAAUAUUCAUUUAAACUUUAGUACGCCAAAUAUUGUUUAGAUUAUAACAUUUUGUAAACUACUUUUUUUGAAAAUGUAUUUUAAAUAUCACAACUUUAAAACUCCACAAUUUAUGUAGCAUCCCACUGCCGCCGCUCUGGUUGCUGUUGGAGUUUUCGACAAACAACUGAAGGGCUUAAGGGUGCCAGAAUGGCAAGCUAAACUACAAAUCUACAUUGAGUAAGUAUAAUGUUGGUAGAGUUAGUUUAACCCUAACCCGUAAUGACAGAAAAAUGUCCAAUAAUGCAAGGAGAUGUUAUAAAACGAGCGAAGAGUCAGUGUCAUAUUAUUAUUUUUUUUUUUAUAAAAGGAACAUUUAUAUUUAAAAAUCAGGGCGAAUCACAAGACAUCUAGGUAAAUAUAAUUAUUCUUUAUCCUUUAAAUUAAUAGUGAGGUCAAUAUUUUUUUUAGUAUAUUAAUACAAUGCCAACUUAAUGCAUUGACAAUGUGGGCAGUUUAUAGGCCUUAUGCUACUAGGGAAUCUUGCUGUCAAUAUUGCGAUAUAGUGAUUUCAACCUUGCCUGCUAUUGGAUAAGGGACCCUUUAAUGCAGGCCUGCACAACUCAAAAUGUAAGAAGGGCCGUAAUACUUUAUGAAAAACUUGUGAGCGCUGAAUGAAGUAGAACAGGGGGGAAAAGCUAUUAACAAAAUAUUAAGAAUAAAGAAUAUUUCGUUACUUCACGGUCGCAAAGUGGAUGCAGGCUAGCCACAUGCGGCCCGCGGGCCGUAAGUUGUGCAGGCCUGCUUUAAGGGGUUGAUUUCACAAAAUGUGUAUAGUUGUGUAUGGUAUCUCCAAUAAAUAGAGUAGGGGCUAUCCAUUUAGUACUUAUGGAGUGACAAAAGGGGUGAGGUCGAUUUCUAAGAUUUCUCGAAUAAGUGCUAAUGCUCGUGUUUUGGGGGGGAGGGGGGGGUGGGGGUCUCAGCAUUAAAGUACUUGCAAUUAUUCGAAACAAGCUCUUUCCUUUCAUCCCAAUCUUUCAAACAACAUCUAAUUUUUUAGGUAGGAUAUAUGUAUGUAUGUAUAUAUAUAUAUAUAUUAUGUAAAUUUAGUUUAUACUUAUUUCAAUGUUUUGUUGUUGUACUGAUGAAGACAUGUACCGAAACGUUUAUUUGUGUAUUAUGUAUAAUUAUUAUUACAGCUUCAAUUAUAUUGUUAGAUUGACACAAAUUUUUGCUGUGUAAUUCAUCUAUUUUUUUAAUGUCACAAUCUUCUCUGCUUCAGCAUUUUUCAAACCCCCGUUAAACACAUUGUCCUAAACCUUUAUCAAAUUCAAUCAUACUUGUUCUUCCACUAUCCCAACUAUAGUACAUCCUAUUAUUAUACUGAAGAAACUUAUACUUAAUGUUUCAUUAUUUCAACUCUUUACACUAUUCAAACAUGUCCCUCUAUUUUCUGCUUCUUAUGAAUUUAUAAGUAUCUUAUAUGUAACCUGCUACUAAUUUGAAAUCGCUAACUCCAGGAAAAAAUUUAUGAACAUAACACUUAAAUGUCCUUAUUUCUUCAGCUUUUAUAAGAAAAUGUCUCACGACAUCAUCAACCAGCUCCACUCAACCACAAAGGAAGGCACGUAUGAAAUGUUGGUACAGAAACUCCCAGCGUGGAAUUCCAAGAAUCUCAUUGAUAUCGCUGUCAACACAGCGAAUGGGGAUUUCAUUAGUCAAACCGCUUGUGAUCUACUCAACUACAGAAUCUGGAAAUUUGGAUGCGCAAGUAAAGCGGAAUGGAAAGAAGUAAUGCAACAUUUAGAUAAGGAUUUACGUUCAUUCAAACACCAUUACUAAUUAUUUAAAUGAAGUACCCUAAUUUAGUCCAAUAGUUUAUUAUUUUAGUCCAUAUUAAAAAUAAAUAGCAUCUAUAUUCGGUCCAUCAAUUUCACACACACACAUACACACAACCACCUAUCAGGAACAUCUUUACAGCAAGGGAGGCUCUGGGCACUGUAAUGUAAUGACACACCUAACACUCUAUAUACCCAGGGCCGUGCAAAGGAAAGGGCUUUAAUUGAAGAGGGAGAAGAGUUCGAGGCUGCCGAACAAAACUGGAGAUAAACUUUAGCGGGAAGUUUCAGUAACCCUUUUAAAUUAAAAAAAAAAUCGUGCAAUAUUCCCUAACAAUUUUGAGAAGCAUGAUGCAUCUAAAAGAGGGAGUCUGCUAGAAGCGUGAGGCUUUCUUGGUGCAUGAGGUCCUGGUUCAGUACCAAGUGGGCCCAUGCAUUAAGACAGCACUGAUACCUUCAGCCACACACACACGCAAAAUGACGAAUGCGUAGUGAAAUUUAAUAGAGCAGAUUUCAGACUUAGUAAAUAAAUACAAAAUAUAAUUAUAAUCUACAGGCAAUCAGUUUGAGGUUUCUUUUCUGGACAUUUUUAAUACACUGUCUAAGACAUGUGCUUAGAGUCAUACUCAGAGGCGUAGCGAGGGGGGGCAGGGGGGACAGAUGUCCCCCGGUGCCAGCUAGUUAUGGGCGCCAAAAUGUGCUUUGAUAUUAUUUUAUUGAUGAAAAUAAUGGGUUUGAGAGCAGAAAGAAAGAAAAAGGGGCGCUUUAAAAUGGAUCUUGUCCCCCGGCGCCAAACACCCUCGCUACGCCUCUGGUCGUACUUUUCUGUUUAUGUUUAUUCACGAUUUUAUCUAACGCCUCACGUCAUUGUGAGCUUUAUCUAAAUUCAAAUAUUUGGGCUCUUAAUUAGUUAUACGUCUGUACAUUUUGUAAAAGAAUAUGAAAACUGGAGGAUAGGAUCUUUUAUAAAUGAGAAUUAAAAAACAUUUUUUUUUAAAAAGGUCUAAAGGAUAGUUGCGUUAAACAUGAGUUAAUAUUUAUUUCAAACUAAGCUAAACAUUUUUGAUACCUCAAAACCCCUCGAGUUUAUUAACAAAUUUUUGUGAGCCGACUCUUUGUGUUAUGGAAAAAGUAAGAUUUCAUGAUAUUUUUCCUCCUAUGUGUGUUAUGUAAAAUUUUAUUUAAGUAGAUGCUACUUUUGCUGUUACUUUACUUUAUUCACAGUUACACAAAGGAGGGAAAGAACAGUUUGGAUUACUGGAGUAAGUUCCAACAUUAUAUUUGUAUUCAUUAUGCCAGUUGUGUACACUUUUUAAUUGGUUAGUUAAUUUUUGUUUCAUGAAAAACUUAACCUAAUUUUUGUGUGUUCAUUUUACAGUUUUAAAAAGUGGAUUAAAGUACUCUUGG